GCGAAGCUGCCAGCCCCGCCACUGCCCGCGCCCCGCCGCGCCCCGCCCGCCUGAACGACCGACCGCAGCCAUGGCCACGCCCAACUUCCACGCGCCCAACCAGGAGAUGCCGCCGCCAGGCGGCUUCAAGCCCGUCAAGUUCGUCAAGAACGGCCCGGCCACGCGCGGACCACCGGGAUGGUCGCUCUUCCUCGGCACGUUCCUCGUCACGUCCUUCGGCUACUACCUCGUGGGCCAGCACAACAAGCACCACCGCGAGGUGGCGCGCGAGGAGCGCGAGAACCGCAUCGCGCUGCUGCCGUUCCUGCAGGCGGAGGCCGACGUCGAGUACCUCGAGCAGGAGAAGCACAUCUUGGAGAAGGAGCGCCAGGUCAUGAAGAACGUGCCUGGCUGGGUGGCCGGCCAGUCGCCCUUCCACUCGGACCGCUACCAGGCGCCGCUCUGGGCCCAGAAGAAGUAAGCACAGCAGCAGCCGCCCACGAGCCGAGAGGAGACAGAAACUGUAACAAGACCAUGUCAAGGAAAUACACUCGUGCACUCGCUCGCUCGAGGCCAAAUUGUCACCUUGUGUGUGUGGCCAUGAAAUAUCUAUCUGCGAGCUGCACAGUCAGGUGUCUCUGUGUGUGUGUUUUGAU